AUGAUCCAUCAGGACCCGACCGUCGAGCUGCGCAAGAGCUGCGACUACUGCGUGCGACUGAAGCGAGCCUGCGACGGAAAGAACCCUUGCUCCCUGUGCGCCCGCCGGCACAAGCCGUGCACCCGCAGCGCGAGGAAGAAGAGCGGCCCGGCGAAGGGCACCAAGUACGCCCCGCGUCGGAAACGGUCCGUGAUCGCGGAGUGGGCGGAUCGCACCGGUGGGGCGGGAGGGCCCCCCCUGCCCCACGAGUUUCAGGGUGGUGGCACCAGCGGGGGAGGCGGCCAGCUGCCACACCACGAUUUUUCCUUGGCGCCAUUCGACGCCGCAGGAAUGAGGGCGGCGGAGAGGACUUACAAUAGCGGCGGCGGGCUGUCGGCGCACGCCGCCGCUGCCGCAGCCGCAGCCGCGGCGGGCGGCAGGUUCGGCGCGGAGGCGUUGUGGGAAGAGGGGGCUCCGCGGCCCGGACAGGGGCGAGGGCGGUGGCCGGGCGAAGAGGGUCACCCGUCGUCGUUGCUGCCUUCGUCCCCUGGGCUCCCGUUCCCGUGGUACGCGUCGCGGCCAUCCCCGCACGGAGAGGCGGAGGGUAGGGGGGGGGAGCGGGGGGGCGGCGGCGGCGGCGGCGGCAUGGGGUUUGCUCCUCCUCCCAUGGGGUACGCGCCGACCACGGCGGAGGAGCUCUCGCGACGGCAGCAGGAGCACGGCUACCACCACCGCGCCUCGUAUUCGAUGUCGUUCUUGGAAGCGGAGGCAGCGGCGGCGGCGGCGGCUGGGCGAAGACCGGGGGCGCCGGCGAUGCGGGAGCCGUACAGGAGGAGGACGCCGGAGCUGCCCCCGGGACACUGGGCGAGUCCGUCGGAUCCUUUCCUCAGGUCGCCGCAGCAGGGAGAAGCGGCCCUGGCGCAGGGCAAGCGGGUCCGGCUGUCACCCCCGACCUUCGGUUCGGGUGCGGCCGGCGGAAGCGGCGGUGGCAGCCGCCCCGUGAUGAGGCCGGGCGCCGACUAUUACCCUUCGCCCGCAACGUCGCCUCGGGCCAGCGAAAUGGCCGGUCGGCCCCACGAGCGGCCAAGGGAACUAGACCCGGAGUCCAGCGUCCUCUCCCUGCCCCCCCCAAGGGAACCUCCCGAUCCGACGGCCGGGUUCUCGUUCCACCCGGCUGCCAAUCGCCCGUCCUGGAGGCGGGGUUCUACCUGGGAAUCGGGUUCCCCCGGUGGCGGUGGCGGCGACGGCAGGCCGGUCGACCGCAACGACCCCAGGGCGUACCACCAGUACCCGCCGCCGCAGCUCGGAUCGUUCGAGUCCUCGGAUCGAGCUCCGUCGUCGUCGUCGUGGAGCAGCCCGGGAGGCGGAGGUGGCGGAGGUGGCGGCGGUGGCGGCCGUGGCCGCGGCGCGUCUCUGGGAGGAGACCGAAGGUACCGCAACUUCGAUCGAGAAGCCGGGGAAGACGGGCAGGGUCGGGGGCGGGGCGUGGUGGAGUGGCCCCUCCCCCACGGCGGAGGAGCUGGAGGUGGAGGGGGGGGCGACCCUUACCACGAGCAGGUGGAGCUGCCGCCCCCGCCGCACGGGUUCGACCGCCAUCUUCCCCUGGAGAGGCCGCUGAUGGGCGGGGGCAGGCAAGGAGAAGGAAAGCACGACAUGCUCCUGGGUGCUCCUUCGCCCCCACGCGACAAGCAGGGAUACGCCGCGCGCGGCGGGGUCGGCGGCGGCGCAGACGGCGGUGCGUACGAGUAUCCCUCUGGGCGACCACGCUGGGCCGGCGGCGGAGGUGACCAAAUGGGAUUGCCCGGCCGUGGAAGUCGUGACCAUCGUGACUUUGAGCAGGAGCAGCAGCAAGUGGAGCGCGGGAGGCAAGACUGGGACGGGGGCCGCAGAGGGUUCUGGCCCCAGGGGUCAUUGCGCGGAGGGGUAGGCGACGGCGGCAGCGGUAGGGGCGGUGCGGCGGUCCCCUUCCAAUGGGAGAGAGAGCGUGUGGAGGAGGGCCGUCGGCAUCAUCCCGCGGAGGAGGAAGGCGGUGGAGUUGCUCUCCCUUCCUCCUCCCCUCGCGCCAUGCACACCGGUUCCUCGUCGUCCCCCUCCUACCAGCUGCAAGAGCAGCAGCAGCAGCAGCAGCAGCAGCAACGUGGGGGCGAGAGGGAAGAGUCACCCGUUCCUGGGCGAGAUGGAGGGGAAGAGGACCGGAAGUCGGAUGUUGGGCGGCACCAGGCUGACGAGUAG